CCCCUUCCGCUUCCCCUCGGCCCCCGGAGCCGCCGCCGGAGCCAUGAUCGGGGACCUGCUGCUCUGCGGGACGCUGCUGGUGAACGCCGGUGCCGUGCUCAACUUCAGGCUGAGGAGGAGGGACACGGAGGGAUUCGGAGAGGAACCGAGGGAACCCACGACCGGUGACAAUAUCAGAGAGUUCUUGCUGAGUCUCAGGUAUUUUCGAAUCUUCAUUGCCUUGUGGAAUAUCUUCAUGAUGUUCUGCAUGAUUGUGUUAUUUGGAUCUUGAAAGCCACCCAUGAACACAUUGGAAGAGAGUUUUGGCUGGGAACAAACUUUUCUAGAAUUAAAGGAUUCUGAUGCUCUCCAACUGCAGCCCCAGGCUCGUGGGGAGCUGGGACAUGCUCAUCCCCUCCAGGUCCCUUCUGCUGGGGCUUUGAGUCACAACCUUCACACAAAUUAUCUCAGCUUCACUGAAAGAGAAACUUUGUUUUCUAAGCCCAGAGUGGGGAGCAAGGGAGAAUUGGAGCUGCAGUCCCCACUUUAAACCUCUGCAUUGCCAGUCCCAGCUCGGGCUGUGCCAACUCAUGUCACCCCUGUCCAGCUCCCCUGCAAGUCACACUCCUUAGUUCUCAGUUUUGUGUAAAAGUUGGGCAGAGUGGUCUUGUAACUUCUCACUAUUCCAUUAAUUUUGUUGAAGGAGUAGAAAAGGAAUAUUCAAGAAAAGAAAAAAAAAAAGUCAUUCUCACCUUCUCCCUGUUUUUCCAGAAAAAAAAGCACUUUUAAAAUUGAUAUUUCAAAGAGGUUUUUUUUUUUUUUCCCCUAAGCAAUAUGUAAGGGAUUUUGAAUGGGGGAAAAUGGCAAAAAUAAUUCUCUAAGCCUAUGUUAAGGGAUCAUUUUGGAAUAAUCUUGGAUUUGGUUGAAUAAAGUUGUUCUGUUUAAUGGUAAAA